AGGGGCCGCCCCCAGCUCCCUGGAGCAAGGGAACGCAGCAGGACCCACGGAGGAGUUGUGCGCCAGCUCGCCAGGCAGAUCCAGCAGGCCGCAGCCAGGAGCAAGGGAGUGAAACAGGUCGCAAAGAGGCGGAAGGGAGCCUGGUUCGCUGCCCCCCAACCCCACCCCAAGCGAUAGAAGGACACAAGUUGCUGAGUGGAUGAGUCGGCUGCUCUCCAGAGACAGGCCCAGUGGAAGAGCAAAGAGUGAGGGAAUGAGACAGACCCAGUGGAGGAGGAGUACCGGAGCAAGGGAACGAGACAGGCCCGGAGGAGGAGGAGUACCAGAGUGAGGGAACGAGAGAGGCCCAGCGGAGGAGGCGUACCGGAGUGAGGGAAUGAGAGAGGCCCGGUGAAGGAGGAGUACCGGAGCGAGGGAAUGAGAGAGGCCCAGUGAAGGAGGAGUACUGGAGCGAGGGAAUGAGAGAGGCCCGGUGAAGGAGGAGUACCGGAGUGAGGGAACGAGACAGGUCCGGUGGAGGAGGAGUACCGGAGUGAGGGAACGAGAGAGGCCCGAUGGAGGAGGAGUACCGGAGCGAGGGAACGAGACAGGCCCGGAGGAGGAGGAGCGUACCGGAGCGAGGGAAUGAGACAGGGCCGGUGGAGGAGGAGUACCGGAGGGGGGACCACAUGGAUCCACUGGCCCGGCUCUCACCCAGCUCUGCCCAGUCCCCGCUGACGGUUGUGGGGCGGAUGCACUAUCGAAGGGUGUCUCAGGAGACCCACGCAGAUUCUCCACAUCGGACAGUAAGUGCCCUGUCUCAUUGCAGCUCCUGAACUCAUAAGGAGAAUUCGUCUGGUGCAGUGGAGCAACCACCUCUGGGGCGGGGCAGCUGGGGAACAGCUGCAUAUAACACUGCACAGGGAUGACUUGUGCGUCGCAGAGAUGCAGCCACCUCUGGGGUGGGGCAGCUGGGGAACAGCUGCAUAUAACACUGCACAGGGAUGGCUUGUGCAGCGCAGAGAUGCAGCCAGCUCUGGAGCAGGGCAGCUGGGGAGGCGCCGCACAGCGGAUGGGGCUGCUGCUGACAGUCUGGUUGCUCCCAGGGGAUGUGGAUUGUCCCAUCCGGAGAUCUCUGCCUGGGGAAGAGGUUCAGCCCAACGAGGAGACAUCGCUAAUUCUCCUGCCCCUGACCACUGAGAAAGCAGGGAGAGACUCGCCACCUCAGCCCUCGGGGGGCCUUGUGGUGACCCGCUGCCCUGAGCGCUGGAGGGACCAGGCUUUGCUCCCUGUGCCCCCGGUGGCUCCGGCCCGGCGGGGAAAGCAGCGUCUGGGCUCCACCGCGUCUGUCUGCAGCCACCAGAGCUGUAAAUCCACCGCCUCGCACAUCCAGGAGGUAGCUGGGGAUGACGGCUGCGCUCACUGUGCCCUGGCCUGCCUGUUCUGCGAGUUCCUGGCGCUCUGCUCCCUGGUGCUGGACGGGCUGGGCUGCGGGGCGCUGUGCCUGGCGGGGGGGUGCUGUGCCGGGGGGGACCCCCCGGGUCAGGGCUGUGGAGGAGGCAGCUGCCCCUGCGGAGGGGGGUGCGGGCUCCUCCAGGACUGCUGCAACUCCGCCGACUGCCUGGAAAUCUGCCUGGAGUGCUGCUCCAUCUGCUUCCCCAGCUGACCCAGGGCUGAGGCUCAGCCACCCCAUCCCAAAGAAUCCCCCCAUUAGGUAAGGGCCCCCGCCCCUCAUGAUCCCACCCUAUUCCUGUCUGGUCCUAAUCCUGGCUCUCUGUGGGCUAAGCCCCACCCCAGACAACCCAGCCAGUGAUGUCAUUGGAUGGACCUAGCCACGCCCCACGAAGGGUGAUGUCACCCAGUGACCCAAGUCACACCUCCACUCAUGAUGUCUUUCAAUCAGACAAGGGCUAUGGGCUGCUCAUAUGACAGGUCCUCAUAACCCAACAAGCCCCACCCAUCUGACUGGUAAGCCACGCCCACAAUGGUGGUGAUGUCACUGAGUUGAACAAGCCACACCCUAUCUACUGUGAUGUCAUCAAAGGGUCUGGCCAGGUGUCUAGGCAGUGACACCUCCAAACAGCCCCAGUAGGGGGCGGGGCCUGCAGGAAGCCCUAUCUCUGUGCAGUGAUGUCAUUGAAUGCUUGGGUGUGGUUGCCAGAGCUCCUCCUCCUCUGCUGUGAUGUCAUCAAAUGGACUCAGAUGUCACAAGGUGGAGCAGUAUUAACCCCGUGAGUGCUGUCCCCAGCUUUGCCGGUGCCCCUCACUCCCGACCUGCAGCCCCUGCUAGCCCAGCCCUGGGCUCCCUUGCCCCACCUCACUUAUGAGCUGGCUAAAGGUGGGUGCUGUGUCUCCCAGGAGGAGGGAUAGUUGGGGCUGGGUUGGGACGGAUUCCCUCGGGAGAGCUAGAGACUUUGCUUGGAGUCCUGGUUCCAUCCUUCUCACGCCCGCAGAGAUGGGAAGAUACCAUGGCCCCUGAAGCUGCCCUCCACCCCCU